CGGCCCUAAGUCCCUACAACACCAGUUAUAUCACCACAAGUCCACAACACAAGCAAACGCUCAAGCACAGCAAAGCUAGAGAGACAAAGAGAUCGACAUGAUGUUCCCAUCACCAGGGGGAGCGGCGAUGGCGCUGGCCCACGGCCAAGCAGCUUCCAGGGGCGCAACGACGGCCGGCGGCGCCGCGACAGCCAUAACCUUCAGCUUCCAGCAGCCCUCCGAUCCUCCUCUGAACGGCGGCCUCUCCCACCACCAUGGUCUCCUAGGUUACAGCCCCCUCGUACUAGACCACCCAACCACCACCACUUCGUCCUCCUCCACUAUCCCCGCCGCUCCCUCCCUUCACCACCUCCAUGCACCUGCCGGAGCCAUCCAUCCCCCGAGGUCAUCGCCUCCACAUCCAUGGUCUAGCGAGGAAGCUGAUCGAGAAAGGCAGAGGGGGAAGGCCGCGGUUACGGGCAUGGCGGUUAACAGCGCGCCGGCGGGGGGAAGUGGAGGCGGUGGACGGUCACAUGGGCCGGCAGCGGCGGUGGCUGCGGGGAUGGGGGUCGGCGCGGUGAGGAUGAAGAAGGCGGCGGGGGGAGGAGCGGUGAAGGCGCGGCGGAAGGUGCGGGAGCCGAGGUUCUGCUUCAAGACCAUGAGCGACGUCGACGUGCUCGACGACGGCUACAAGUGGCGCAAGUACGGCCAGAAGGUUGUCAAGAACACGCAGCACCCACGGAGCUACUACCGGUGCACGCAGGACAAGUGCCGGGUGAAGAAGCGGGUGGAGCGGCUGGCGGAGGACCCGCGCAUGGUGAUCACCACCUACGAGGGCCGGCACGUCCACUCCCCCUCCCGCGACGACGACGACGCCGCGCGCGCCAACGCCGAGAUGAGCUUCAUCUGGUAGCAAAUUCAACUGUCCAGCCAGCCACCCACCCACGAACUCGAUGCAAUGCAAGUGUGCUUUACUGCUACUGUACCGUUGGACGCAGUGUUGUUAUUGUUGUUGUUGUAUAGUCUCUUCUCUCUUGUGAGAUACGUAUAGUGGUAGCAGCUAGCUGUUGGUACGUAUCGUACACCGGUACACGGAUUAAUCUGUAGCUAGCGGCAAUAAGACGUACGUUACGUAGGCCCAGGUUAUCUGCUGGUGUACGUUGGGGCUCUAGUGGUGGUGGUGAUGGACCGGUGGUGGUGGUGGUGGGGUGAAGCCUCAAGUUAGCAACCUGCAAGUUACCUGGGAUCGAUCUGGUGAAGAAAAAGUGGAAAGGUAUACAUGGCAGCCAGCGUAACUUGCGGCGUC